AUGAAGUUCGGCGAGCAGCUCCGCUCGUCCAUGAUAAAGGACUACAUGUGGCACUAUAUCGCCUAUGAAGAUCUCAAGAACGCCCUCAAGACCGAAUAUGUGACAGAACCUACUCCAGCCAACCCAAAGCCAGCUCGACGACCCUGGACAGAAGACGACGAGAAGCGCUUCGUGUCGUUGUUAGAGAGCGAGCUGGACAAGGUGUUUACCUUUCAAAGAAUCAAAAGUGAAGAAAUCAUCCGCCACAUCAAGGCCAGCGAGCGCGAGGUCAAUGAUGUUGUCGGCCGUCUAGAGAUUUCCCCUAGUGAUACCCGUCGUGCUGCUGACCGGCCAACCGACGAGGAUUUCCUGCUUCUGGAAGCCGACCUGAGCGAUAUUAUCGCCGACGUUCAUGACCUGGCCAAAUUCACGCAAUUGAACUAUACUGGCUUUCAGAAAAUCAUCAAGAAACAUGACAAACAAACAAGGUGGUACCUCAAACCAGUUUUUGCAGCUCGACUCAACGCCAAGCCUUUUUUCAAAGAUAAUUACGAUGCUUUUGUAGUGAAGUUGUCGCGACUCUAUGACCUCGUCAGAACGAAGGGCAAUCCAAUCCAAGGUGACUCGGCUGCUGGCGGUGGUCAGCAGAACUUCGUCCGCCAGACCACAAAGUACUGGGUACAUCCAGACAACAUUACAGAACUCAAAUUGAUUGUUCUCAAGCAUCUUCCUGUACUUGUUUUCAACCCCAGCAAAGAAUUUGAAGAAAACGAUUCGGCCAUCUCCUCGAUCUAUUACGACAACCCGGAGACAUGGGAGCUCUACCAGGGUCGUCUCAAGAAGACUGAAGGUGCAGAAGCCAUCCGGCUGAGAUGGUAUGGAGGAAUGGAAAAUGAUCAGAUUUUCGUCGAGCGAAAGACACAUCGUGAAGACUGGACAGGUGAAAAGUCAGUCAAGGCGCGUUUCCCAAUGAAAGAGAAACACGUGAAUGCAUACCUCUCUGGCCAAAUGAGCGUCAAAGCUGUCUUUGAAAAGAUGCGAAAGGAGGGCAAAAAGUCAGAGCAACAGAUUGCCGACUGGGAAGCACUGGCCAAGGAAAUCCAGUAUCGAGUCAUCGACCGAGGACUGAAGCCUGUAUGCCGCACGUUCUACCACCGAACCGCCUUCCAGCUUCCUGGAGAUGCCCGCGUUCGUAUUUCCCUGGAUACUGAACUCAGCAUGAUCCGCGAAGACAACUUGGACGGCACGAAACGAGCUGGUGACAACUGGCGCCGCAUGGAUAUCGGCAUUGACUGGCCGUUCCCCCAACUCCCUCCCGGCGACAUCGACCGUUUUCCCUACGCCGUUCUAGAAGUGAAGCUGCAAACCCAGGCUGGACAGGAACCACCACAAUGGAUCCGAGACCUCACCGCCAGCCACCUCGUCGAGGCCGUCCCCAAAUUCAGCAAAUUCAUCCACGGCUGCGCUACUCUGUUCCCCGACAAGAUCCACCUUCUACCAUAUUGGUUUCCACAAAUGGAUGUUGAUAUCCGCAAACCAGUCACGCACAAAUACGGCAUUGAACGACCUAUCCAAAGCACGAGUAUAUCCACGACAGACGACCCAGACGACGAUGAUGAUGAAUCGGACGAGGAAAACGGGCCUGUGGCUCGUACGAACGGGAUCCGCACUGACCACGGCAUCAACAACGGGGCUGUCCUCAACUACGGACGCAACGGACUGCUGCAGGAGGCCCCUGGUAACGAACUAGACGUCGAGGAGCGCGUCGGCGCAGACUUCCUUGCCGGCGACGAAGAUUACCCCAUUUACGACUCCGACGACGAGGACGAUUACUCGGACAUCCUUGAAGAGGCACGCCGUAUCGGAGGCAUCUAUUACUACCGGACCCUCCUCAGCCAGUACGUCCGCCGCACCGGACACAUCACCUGGGAGGUCCUCAAGACCCUAGUCCCCAGACCCAUCGCCACGCAAAUGCCCGACGAGGGAACCCAAGGCAUCACGAUUCUCGGAACAGGGAGACGCACAGUAAAACGAUUCAUUGCCCCCAAAGGCAAACGCAUCCACGUCCCCAUCCGCGUCGAGCCCAAAGUCUACUUCGCGGCCGAACGCACGUUCCUCUCCUGGCUCGAAUUCUCCAUUCUAAUCGGAUCAAUCGCCGCAACACUGUUAAACUUCAGCAGCGACUACGUCACGUUCGUUUCAGCGUGGAUCUUCACCAUCAUCGCGGCGCUAUCUCUACUCUACAGUGCGGUGCUGUACAUGUGGCGGGUUGACAAGAUCCGGAAACGGCGGGAUGUCAAGCGUGUGUAUCACGAGAAAUUCGGCCCGACGUUUUUGUGUCUGGGACUGUUGGGGGCGGUGUUGGCGAAUUUUAUUCUCAGGGCGAAACAUGGUGGGUUGACGGUGCCGGAAGGACAGGUUGGAGGGGAGAUGGGGAAUAGCUCUUUGCAUCAUGGAUUAGAGCUAUAA